AUGGCUGUCGGGCGCCGAGGGUCGUGGAGAGUGGAGAUUGAGGAAGAUGGCAGCGGACAGCCCUCCUGUGGUCCUUCCGGCGUGGCCGUGGCCUUCGUGCCCCCAUCCGGGGCUGCCCGGGACUCCCUCACGUCGUCUGAGGAUGGAGGCUCCGUGGGGGUGUACACUGCUAGUCUCAAACACUUCCGAGCUAAUAGUACCACCAUCGUGUCUACCACCAUCGUAUCUACUACACGUACCACCAUUGUAUCUACUACACGUACCACCAUUGUAUCUACCACAAGUACCACCAUCGUAUCUACCACAAGUACCACCAUUGUAUGUACCACAAGUACCAUCAUUGUAUCUACCACAAGUACCACCAUCGUGUCUACCACAAGUACCACCAUCGUGUCUACCACCAGUACCACCAUCGUGUCUACCACCAGUACCACCAUCGUGUCUACCACAAGUACCACCAUCGUGUCUACCACAAGUACCACCAUCGUGUCUACCACAAGUACCACCAUCGUGUCUACCACAAGUACCACCAUCGUGUCUACCACAAGUACCACCAUCGUCUACCACAAGUACCACCAUCACCCCUACAGCAACUACCACCACCGUCACCUCACCGGGUCAACCUGGUCUUUGCCGCCACUCCAACUAAGGUAA